AGGCACAGACUCUCGGAGACUGAGGUCGGCCCGGCGCCGGCAAGCGGAAUCAAGAGAACGCUGCCACAGUUCCUGCCCGAGGACGAAUCUCGGUGCGCCGGGCCCUGGGCGCACGCGCAGAGCAGCCUAGGGCCCCCGUUUUGCGCAGGCGCGGCAGCGGCCCACAGCGCCUCUAGAGCUAGGGGUCCGUUCGGCGUCCCUCAGCUCCGGAGCCGAGUCUUGCCGUCUGCGCACCUUCGCGGUGACACAGGUAAGCCGCGCCCCCAGUCCGCGGUCGGGCCUGGGCCGCACUCCUUCCGGCCCUCUCCGGCUUAGUCCCGCCAGCUGCUGCUGCCGCGAUAAGAACUCCCGUUCUGACCGAGGGGCGCCGGGGCCAAAGAGGCAGAGUGGCUGUGGCCGUGGCCGUGGGACAGACCAGCCUGGGAGCCAGAUGAGCAGAGAGAUCUGCGUGCACUCCUGGCCUUGCUCCUACUACUUAGAACUGGAGAAGCGAUGGGUUUCUGGAAGGCUUUCGUUAACAUCUCACUCCCUGAGAUUUGCAGCUGAUAAAACCGGGGAGGCCCUGGUCAGCUUCCCCUUGUCCAGUGUGAGUGAGAUCAAGAAGGAGGCUUCUCACUUUGUCUUCAGUUCCAUCACUGUUCUGGAGAAGGACCACGUCAAGCACUGGUUCAGCUCCUUGCAGCCCAGCCGGAAUGUGGUCUUCAGCAUCAUCGAGCAUUUCUGGAGAGAGUUGCUGCUGUCUCCGGCAGAAGUGCCAGUGCCUGUGACCAAGGGGAAGCAGCUAACAGGUCUGAUGGCCUGUUCCCAGAAGCGCCUGGAAGAGACAGCCCGCGUCCUCCACCAUCAGGGCGAGCAGCUAGACAGCAUCACCAGGGGCCUGGAGAAGAUGGACUCUGACCUAGAUGUGGCUGACAGGUUGCUGACAGAGCUGGAGUCCCCUUCUUGGUGGCCCUUUAGCUCCAAGCUUUGGAAGAUGCCGACAGAAUCGAAGCCCAAGAAAGGCACCGCAACGGCUGGUCCCAAAGCUCUUGGAAAAGAAGGGGUGGUGGUCCGAAUUCCUGCUGUUGUCUCCCAGGGGACAGGGUGUCAUGUUAAAGCAGGAAGUCUCACCCUCCUUGUGUCGGGGUUGGAAAUCCAUGACUCAAGCUCUUUGCUCAUGCACAGAUUUGAAAGAGAAGAUAUAGAUGACAUUAAGGUUCACACACCUUAUGAAAUUAGCAUUCGCCAGCGGUUCAUUGGGAAGCCAGACAUAGCUUAUCGCCUGAUAUCCGCCAGGAUGCCAGAGGCUCUCCCCAUUUUGGAGGUGCAGUUCAGCCAGAAGAUGGAAUUGUUAGAAGGCACCUUGAUGCCCCAAAGUGCCAGAAUGUCUUCCCCAGCAGAGAAGGGCUGCACCGUCUGGCAGGCGGCGUCUGGGCUGACGGACCGUGCUGUGCACCGCGAGCCCUGCUUGGCGAGCCAGGAGGCCCGGCUGCUUCCACUGCAGAUGAGUGAGCCAUUGGUUUCCGAGGGGGAUGCCCAGGAGCUAAGACAGAUCCUGAGGAAGCUGAAGAGUCUCGCCUUGGACACGGAGACAGAGCUGGAGAGGCAGGAUGAGGCCCUGGAUGGCAUCACUGCGGCCGUUGACCGAACCACCUUAACCAUCGACAAGCACACCCGACGUGCCAAAAAACUGACCUAGCACAGGAGAGCAAAGAAGUGACUGGUAUUCAUGACAGUCACUGCUCUGAGUACUUUGUUCUCAGCACGUGCACGCGGGAGUCACCCCAGGGGCCCAUUAGUAGUCGGAGGCUAUGCGGCAGAAGGUGCAGGCUUGCCUCAGGGUGGAGGGCUUAUGUGAUGUGACCCAGAGCACAGCACACGCAGGAAGGAGGAGGCCCCGGAGAGGGGAGUUCUGCCUGCAGAUCCAGCAAGCCACCCCCCAGCCCCACACCCACUAUGGUGGCCCCAGUUCCUUCUUCCCCUACAACCUGUAGGCCCCAGCUCCCUUCUCCCCUGCCUUCUGCAGGUCCCAGUUCCCUACUCCCCUGCUUCUCGAGGGCCCCAGUUCCUUCUCCCCGCUGCAUCCCACAGGCCCCAGCUCCUUACUCCCCUGCUUCCCUGGGCCCCAGAUCCUUCUCCCACGCGCCACCCCCCCAACAACCUGCAGGCCCCAGCUCCCAUCUGCCCCUCUCCCCACAGGCUUCAGCUGCCUUCUCCUCUGCUUCCUGCAGGCUCCAGCUCCCUUCUCCCCUGCUCCCUGCAGGCCGCAGCUCCUUCUGCCCCCGCUCCCUGCAGGCCGCAGCUCCUUCUACCCUGCUCUAGGCAGGCCCAGGCUCCCCACUCAUACUUGAGCGCUUCAGAGGGUCACAGCAGCAGGACGGCCCUUCCCUGCAAGGCCGGCUGCACCCAGUGCUCAGUAGCUGCUUUGCAUGGCCAGCAUCCCCACUGGCUGAAUUGUCUUCUCUUUCUGUUCUUGCUAGCUGUAAAAGGUCAGUGUAAAUCUCUGUGAAAGAAAUGUGCUGAUUUCUGAGUCCGCCCACCUGGACCCUGCCCUCUGUGUCCACAGAACUUCUCCAGGACCAUGUUUAGGCCCAAGCCUGCCUCCCCUCUGAGGCUACUCUGCAUGUGCCCCUCCCUAGUCGCAGGUUCUGGUUUUUUCUGACAGGCUGGUUUCUUGUUGGUCAGACUGUGACUUUUACCUGAAGUCCAGUAUGUCUCGAGGUUGUCCUGCGAACACCGGGAAUAUUCUUUUCACUGCUCACCUGUAGCCAAGUGUGAAGAUAAUACAUAUUGUACCUAUUUUAAAAACUGUUGAUUUUUUUUUCUUAAAAUGCCCCAUUUCUAUCCAGAAACAAAAGAGCAAUCAUAGUUUUAGAAUAUAUUUUGAAGACAUGCAUUUCUGCUGCUUUUUCCUUGGCUUUGAGUGUCUUAGUGGGAGGGCCCCUCGGGGAAGAACAGACAGGCCAGAGUGGAGAAGUAGGUGACCCCUUCCCCUGUCCUGGCAGAACAGGCCCCCUCCAGACUGCCAUGGAGUAGGGUCCCUGAGGGCAGUUCACCCACAGCUGCCCUUGGGCCUUGCCGAGCUGCCCCUUUGAGGCGGCUUUUCUCUGGUUCUCCACAGGCCCUGUGCUGGCAUUCUGAGUCCCAGCUGGUUUUCUGGGGCUGCUAAUGAGUGACCACAAAUGAGGAGCCUUAGGACAGCAGGCUGUGUCCUCUCCUGGUCUGGAGACCAGGAGUCUGCCAGCAGGGUGUCACAGGGCCCUGUUCCCUCUGAAGGCUCCAGGGGCUCCCUCCUGCCUCUCCCAGCUCAGGGCGGACAGGGCCAGGGAUUCUGGGCCCGUGGCUGCAUCUCCUCCUAUCCUGUCCUCUGCCACUGUCCGCUCUGAAAUCCCCCAUCCCUUCUCUCAUCGGGCCCACCUUUGUGUUGUGUGGCAGUUUCCACUAAGGUCUAAUUCCAAGGUUUGGUGGAGUCAUCUAGGAGCACUUUGCCUUCUGGAGGCUGACCUGUUCGUGAAGACACAGGAAGGAGCAGUCGCAGAGAAUAGCCUUCUCAGGGUCCUUCCAGUUCUGAGUCCGCCCACCUGGACCCUGCCUUCUGUGUCCACAGAACUUCUCCAGGACCAUGUUUAGGCCUUCUGCCCCUUUCAGUGUGCUGAAUUCUGUUCCUCAUCUCCAGCUGCCGUAUUUGCUCUGUACUCCACGACCUUCCCAAUGAGAAGUGCUCCUGUCCUCUCUAGCACUGGCGUGAGGGGUUCUCCCAAGCUUUCCCAGCACAGUGAGGAUGAGGACUCUCUCUCUCCAUAUCCAUCUGUGGAGAGAGCCCUGAGCAGAGGGGAAACAAACCUGCCCAUCUAUGACACUGUCCUGAAUCGCUAGAGGGUGCUGCUAGGGAGGUCAGCCAGCGUCCACUUGUCCUAAAGACAGGCACUGCUCAGCACCUGUGGGGCCCAGGGACCGCACACACUUCGGCCAGUGACAGGAGUCUGCCCAGAGCAAGUCUGCUGUCGUUGGGAUGCUUACAACACUGGACACCGGGCGAGAAGGUCUGUGGGACUGAAGGCAUUGUACCAUUAUUAGAGGGCUGUUGUCCGGGCCGUUCUCUCCCAUAAACACCUCAGUGAUAGAAACUACACUCUGUUUCUCUGCGGAAUUACAGUGUUGAAAGGCCCAUCAGGAUCUUCUCAUAGUAUUUACUAACCUUGACUUGACCCCAGACUUGUUCACCUUAGACCCUUCCCGUGGCAAAAAAUCCAUAGCCAAACCCAAUUUGCCUGGAGCCUCAGCACCGAACCCUACCUGUGGCACUGACUGCUCGUCUCCAUGGCAGACACAGAAGUGCAAAACCCUUUGAAACCAGGCAGUAACUUCAAGCCCAACUCCAGCCCAGGUGUACCCCACCACCUCCCACUGUUCCCACAACUGCCCCUCACCCUAAGUACUCUAACUCUAUCCCCACUUCUCUUCACCCCAAGUACUGUAACCCCACGCCCCACUGCUCCCACCCCAAGUGCUCUAACUCCACCCCCAGUGCUCCUGCCCCAAGUGCUGUAACUCCACCCCCACUGCUCACCCCAAGUACUAUAACCCCAUGCCCCACUGCUUCUAUCCCAAAUGCUCAAACUCCACCCCCACUGCUCCCACCCCAAGUGCUCUAACUCCACCCCACUGCUCCUACCCCAAGUGCUCUAACUCCACCCCACUGCUCCCACCCCAAGUGCUCUAACUCCACCCCACUGCUCCCACCCCAAGUGCUCUAACUCCACCUCUACUGCUCCCACCCCAAGUGCUCUAACUGCUCCCACCCAGAGUGCUCUAACUGUACUCUUCAGUGCUCCCCUCUCCAGGUGCUCUAACUAUCCCUAUUACUCUUCUCUUUAUGUGCACUCACUCCAUCUCCUCUUACUACACCCUGGUUUGGGUCGCCUGCCUCUGCCUCCAUGUUUUGGAGUCUUGUAGAGAACAUAACCAGGAGUGGCCACAACAUAGCUCCUGGAAGCUGGACUAGGGGAAGCAGGUGAGUAGUCUGGCUUAGGGUCUCUCCUGUGAUCCUCAGGUAGCCUGGGAAUUGCUGUGUUGGCUGGAGCCGAGUUCUCUGGGUCAGGUGAGCAGAUUCUCUGGGGAGUGUGAGGAGGAUCAUCCUGGUCUGACUGUAGUCAGCAACAGCCAGCUCUUUGGAAUGGGGCCUCUGGCAUCUCCUCCUUCCUGUUUUACUUUCCUGAUGUGGACUUGAACUCUGACAUCGGCACUCAGUCCUGGUGUGGGGUUGAGGUCCCCAGGUGCUUUGUUCCUGCAUCAAAAUUUGUUUGCCUUUCAACUAUGAGUGGGAUUGUGUUGGUCCGUUGUCACCCUGUGAGGUGUGUGCACACCCUGAAACACAACAUGCUUUUGGGUUUUGCUCGGCAUAACUGGGCCAGAGGCGUGAGGGGCAGAGGCAGCUGCGAUUCCAGCCUUGUGCUGACAUGAGACUGCUGGUUCUCAAGACCAAACAGUCCUGAGUUACUCAAGUGUUUUUGGACAGGGAUGGGCACAUAUCUUCUAUAAAAGGCCCAGAAGUAACUCCUUCACCUUUUGAGCUGUGGGAUGCCUAUUGCAGCACCUGAGGUGGCUGUUUACAAGACAGCAGCCUGGACUUGUAAGCAGAUGGGUUUGCUGUGUUCAGAUAAAGCUACCCAUGACAUCUGAGUGGCAUUAAUUCCAUGUGUCGUGAAAUGUUUCUUUUCUGGAUGUUACCUUUGAACUACUUGAAUUUUAAACUCGUCCCAGCACGCAAGCUGUAGGACACGUGGCAGGCCCACCACCUGCACAGGGGUGUGUGUUCCUUAUGAGGCUGUACUUGGCCUGUCCUGGAAGGUGACACAUGGCCCUCUUCAGCCCCAAACUCGAGUGUGGCCUGGGCCGAGAGAUCCCCACACAUUCCUGGUCCGUGCUCAGCUGCUCCGAGCUUCAGAGGCUGUAGCGAUGGCAAUAGUCCUGUCCCCUUAAAAGGCAGAGCUGGGAGAGGGGUGGAGGGUGAGGGGAGGAAUGACUGGUGCUGGUUUCUACAGUGAUUUUCUCUACAGACCCCCAAACCCGCACACGCAGAAAUUUUAGGAGAGGAAAAAACAAACGUCCUUGAGACAUUUUCAGACACCACACACACCAAAACUUGACUAUGUGCAGGCAGUCAGGGUGGGGGCUCUUGCUUGGGUUUGGGGUCUGAUAAAACUCCCUCUCGGAGGCAGCUCUGUUGGUUGGGGAUCAAUCCUGGCAUGAGACCACCAGCCUCACCUGCAAGGAGCCCCUCCAUUCUCACCUGCUGCCAGUUUAAUUAUUAGCUAUAGGUUUGAGUAAAGCUUGAAAGAUGCAAAUUGUAGUCAGUUUUCACAUUUGCAACUGAUUUCCACAUUCACAUAAUAUUUCAAACUUCUGGCACCCAUCUGGAAACUUGGAACAGCAGUGAGCCUGUCCAGGAGGUAAUUUUCCCUGAUUCAUUUUGAAAGUGAAAAGCCACAGGGCUGGAGGCAAGGGUGGUCCUGCUUCCCAGAACGGCCGCUCAGUCCUGGCCCCUGGUUUCCUCAGCACAAGCAGGCAGGCAGGAGCAGAGGGAGGGUAUCGCUUUGCAGAUCCCAGGAGCUCCUCCCACUCCAAGAAAGCCACACGGGCUGCACUCGGUGUCCAGGGUGGGGGGCCAUGCUGCCCGGUAAGCAGCUCUAGGCUGCGGGGCAGGGAGUGGUGGGCAGGACCAGCGUGCAGACUGGGCUCUGUCAGCCUGGCCUGCAUGCCCAGGGCUCCAGCAGGUGUGGGCAAGCAUGUCCUCCAAGCACAGGUGGUGCCUUGUCAGGCACACCUGCCAUCCCAGGGCAGUGCUCCACAUCGACCCUCUGGCUCAUUCUCCCACCAGAUUCUGCAGGGUCCUUUAGAUGUUGCUCACCAUCUCCUGUCCCCACCCCUGCCUUUUUCUCUCACCCUAAGAAGAGAAGUUGAGCCGAGGACAGAUGGCUUGCUUUCCCCAAUGACCUGCUUGGAGCAGACAGGGAGGUUAGGAAAAGUGCAUCUUCCCAAGAAGGAGCAAAGGGCUUGUGUCCCUCUGGUUGCAGGGUGCAGAAACCCAGGUGUAGGUGGAGGAGGGUCAGGGCCUCACAGGCCUCCCGGGAAGUGCUGACACAGCCAACACCACUGCCCUUGGGGCUGCCCUACCCACACACAGUGGCCUGGCCAUGCACUGGCACAGAAGUUGGUGAGGCUGAUCCUUGCGUAGAGGUGCCCAGAUGCCCUGGGGAGGGUGGGGGCAGCCACUGUAAGGCAAGGAGGUGAAAAUGAAGGGAAGAGUCCCUAAAGUUGACUCGAAUGCUAGCCAGGGAGGCCAGAAGCGGGGCACGAAGAGCUGUCAUUUCAGAAUCACAGACCCCAAGAGAAGCACGCUCCACCAGAAAGUCAUCAGUUACAGGCCCGGAAGGAAGAGGUAUGCACUGCAUGUUCUACCAGAAAUCGACCACCCUUCAGUCCAGCCAAUGAGAAACUGUUAGCGUCAGGAGUUGCAAUUCUGUCUUAUCCCGGAAUAAACCCAUUCUUGCUGAUAAAA